AUGAAUUAACCUGUUUUUGUAAGCUGAUGCGUAAAGAAAUAAAUAUGUCUUUAAAUGAAAAUCUUGAUUCAGAAUCGAAAGUAAUUAACAACGAAGUUGAAAAACGACAAACGAAAUGGUUUUAUGAUGGUGACGAUGUUACUGAUGGUAAAAUCAAAGAAAGUCGUAUAAAAUCUUCUUCAUUUCGUCAUAUGACACAUAUAAGUUGGAAAGAUGAUGGAAGUUUAGAAAUUAGCACAAACGAUCGAGAAAUGGCCGAAGUGUUUCGAAAAAUUGGCGACAAUUUAUGUUUGCAAGGAGACAGAGACGUAAAAGAAGUUAUCUUUGAUUAUGUAGUGAAUUCGAUGCGUUCUGAAGAAGUUGAUGAAAAUAAUUUAGAAAUUGAUUUAGAAAAAGAUCAUGAAUUAUGUAACAAAAUUGUAGGAGAUAAUACGAAAGAUGAGGGCGUUUAUGAAAAUAGUAUUGGAAAUGAAAUGUUAGAUGAGAAUGAAUUGGAAAGAGUUAAAAUUGGAAAUAUUGGAAAACCGUAUAAUUUUCAACAUGUUACACAUUGUAGUUUUGAUAGAAAUAGUGGUUUUAACGUUGUUACGAACGACAGGAAGUUAUCUUGGUUUUAUAAUAGGAAAGAGAAGAAGAAAGAAAGUAAAAAGUGAAGUAUUAAGAAGAUUAAAGAUUUAUUUUUAUUAUUUUAUAUUGGGAUUAUUAAGAACUUCUUGGAAUUUCAUAGAAUUUUUUUAUCGAACUUUAAGGAAUUUGGUUAUCACUAUUUCCUUCAAGCUUAUAGUUUAAUUUUUCUGUAAUAUAAUACCACAAAUUAAUCAAAAAGUCAAUUUGAUUAAAAAUUGGGUAUUGAAACCUGUGUAAACUAAUUUUUCAAUAUUAAUAGACUAGUUUUAAAAUAUAUCUGGUAAAACAAUCAAUAAAUAAAUAAUGAUAAUAAAUAAGAUAAAAUGCAAAGUAUCUCGAGUGACUCCUCUCAA